AACGUCGCGUAAACAAGCAAUUUUGUUGAAUAUAGAUAUUUCACUAAUAUCUUAAGCCUAUGACAACAGUAUAAUCAAAAUACAAGGCCGUUUUGUGCCAGCAUUACUGGCAGUUAUGACUUAACACACGCCUGCCUGUAGUAGAGAAGCAGCCAGUCAUGGAUUCUGCGUUUGAGAAGCACCGCUCGGAGCUGGUGGCCCGAGAGAGGAGCGGACACACGGCUGUGGUGGAGGACAACCUCCUGUAUGUGUGGGGUGGAUAUAUGUCAGUUGGUGAUGACGAAGUUUUCCUUCCCAGUGAUGAAAUCUGGGUCUAUGACCUGGAACAAGGUUCAUGGAAAGUGUUUCACAUGCCAGGGGAAGUUCCUCCCCCGAUGUCGGGGACCUGCGGAUGCUCCCUGGAUGGCCACAUGUACAUAUUUGGAGGUUGUGAUGACUAUGGGCAGACCAAUCAGAUCUAUUGUGUCAACCUGACGGACGGCAAAUACACAUGGAGGAAGAUCAUACAUGAGACUGGCUCAGCUCCAUCACCUCGAGACAAACUGUCCUACUGGGUUUACAAAGGGAGGCUCAUCUACUUUGGAGGAUAUGGUCACAAACUACUGACUGAUGUGGAUAGCAGGAACAGAAGCUUCAUUGUGGAUGAGGCAUCAUCGGUAGAGGGGAUCUUCUGGGGAUGGAACAACGAGGUUCAUAUAUUUGACCCCAUACAUUCCAGUUGGAGUCAACCACAGACUCAUGGCCGUGCUCCCGCCCCAAGGGCCGCCCACGCCAGCGCCACAUUAGGACGCAGAGGAUACAUCUUUGGAGGCCGAGUCAUGGAAACCAGGACAAAUGACAUUCACUGUCUUGACCUGGAAUCGUGGACUUGGUCAGAAAUAGUCCCAGUGUCCAGCACUCCGGUGGGCAGGUCAUGGCACACACUCACAGCAUUAUCAGACAGCAGCUUGUUCCUGUUUGGAGGUCUCAGCGUAGACUGCAAACCAAUGAGUGAUGGAUGGUUGUUUGAUGUGGAAACAAAGAAAUGGAGAGAACUCGAGCAUCCUUUUAAGACUAAGCCAAGGUUGUGGCACACGGCGUGUCCAGGCAAAGACUCUGAUGUGAUUGUGUUUGGUGGAAGCUGUGACUAUAUCCUUCUUGUCGACACUGGUCACUGCAAUGAUGCUCUUGUUUUCCAGACGCAGCCAUAUCCCUUAUUUAGGAUCUGUGUGGAUUACAUUGCAAAGAAUGUGAGGAACUCUGACGCGCUCAGAAAUCAGCUGCCUUUGCUGCCGCCCAAACUCCAGACCACAGUGCAGAGGAGGAUGUGUUUCUACAGGCCUUCAAAGAAGCAAAAAUAUUAGUGAGAAGAACUCUUCCAUUGCCAAAAAACAAAUGACUGUCUUUUUAUUCAAGUACUGUAAUCCCUUGAGUGUGAACAUCUCAGCUGCACUGUGGUAUUAUUAUUAUUAUUAUUAUUGUUUUGAAAUAUAUUAUACAAAGUAUUGAAUGCUGUUAUUUUAUGGUUUUAGAAAUGCAAGUUUUAUUUUUAUUAUUUGCCUGCUGAAAUGCUAAAAAAAAUGUCGUUUGAUGACUGUGAGGAUUAAACGGCACAUUGAA